UAGUACUAGUAGUAAAAACUGUAGUUGUAGUAAUGUUGGUAGUUAUAGUGGUGGUAUACAUUAGUAUCAAUGCUGUUGUAGCACUCUUUUCUUCCCGAGCACAGGCGGGUCACUAGGUGAUUACGAUAACUCGGCCACAUCCGAUAACGUCUUGGCGUCAACACGCGCCGCAGUCUACCCGAGGCCUCUGUGGGCCCUGCAUGAGCCCCGCUGAGCUCCGAUGGCGUCACGAAGAGGCUGUCUGAGGCUUCUUCUGGUGGCCUGUCUCGCCCUGCAGGUCGCGGCUUACGUGGUGGAAACAGGCGACACCGGCCUGGCCAGAGACACGGCGAGUGUGCAAGACGAGGCGUCGAGAGGGACAAAAGGCAACUCACAGCUAACUUCGCCAGUGAACGUCAGCCCUCCGGGGUGCGCCCUGCCCCCGGGGGCGGCGGCGAGAAUCCAGUCUUACCAGUCGGUAGUAGAUACCAUAAUUGACUACGUGACGACAGGUGACUUCAAGGGGCUGGUGUACAGGAACCUGGCGGAGAUGAUCGACGCCUUCGGUCCGAGAAUGACAGGGACGCCAGAGCUGGAGGCGGCCAUUGACUGGAUAAUUGACAAGUCCCGCGGCGAGGCCCUGGACCACGUGUCCGCCGAGAGCCUUCUUGUGCCUCGAUGGCACAGGAGCAAUGAGUCCGCCUGGAUGCUGCAGCCGCGCGUGAAACAGCUCAACAUGAUGGGUCUCGGCGGCUCGGUGAGCACGCCUCCCGAAGGUAUCGAGGCCCCCGUGCUGGUGGUGAAGAGUUUCGAGGAGCUGAGGAUGCAGAGCGCCAAAGCUACUGGCAGAAUAGUAGUGUUCAACUCUCCAUGGGUCAACUACUUCGAUGCCGUCAAGUACAGAAAACAUGGAGCGUCGCAGGCGGUCAAGUACGGGGCUGUGGGGGCGCUUGUCAAGUCAAUAACGCCCUUCUCCAUCGAUAGCCCCCACACGGGCCAGCAGCAGUACGACACUGAGGCCAAGAUCCCAGUGGCGUGCAUCACCGUUGAGGACGCCAGCAUGAUGCAGAGGAUGCAGGACAAAGGUCAAAUGAUCACGGUAAAGCUGAAGAUGCACGCCAAGACGUCCAAGAACACCACCUCGCGGAACACCGUGCUGGAGCUUCGGGGAACACAGAAACCCAACGAGACAGUGCUGGUGUCCGCCCACAUCGACGCCUGGGACGUGGGCGAGGGAGCCAUGGACGACGGAGGCGGCGUCAUGGUAUCAUGGGCGGCGCCGGUGGUGCUGCGGAGGCUGGGGCUGAGGCCGCGGCGCACUGUGAGGACCGUGCUGUGGACCGCCGAGGAACAGGGACGCAUCGGCUCGACUGACUACUUCCAACGACACAAACACGACCAUCACAACUUCCAGUUGAUACUCGAGUCGGACUCUGGCACCUUCACGCCUCAGGGGAUCUCCUUCUCCGGCACCCCCGAAGCCACCUGCUUGCUGAGGGAGGUGCUGAGGCUACUCCACCGCAUCAACGCCACACAGGUGACGAGUCCUAUGAAGGGCGGCCCCGACAUAAAGGUGUGGCAGCAGCUGGGCGUUCCGACAGGCGGCCUUCUUAACGACAACGAACGAUACUUUUGGUACCACCACUCCCACGGCGACACCCUCACAGUGCUGGACCCCGACGCCCUGGACCGCUGCCUCGCCCUCUGGACCUCCGUCACCUACGUCAUGGCGGACAUGGAGGAUCGGCUCCCCCACGGUUGUUGUUGUUAA